AUGGGAAGAUCUCCAUUAAGCAGUAUUAGUAGUGAUGAGGGUGGGUUGAAGAAAGGGCCAUGGACCCCUGAAGAAGAUGAAUUACUUGUCAAUUAUAUCCAAAAACAUGGCCAUGGCAGCUGGAGAGCUCUCCCUAGACUUGCUGGGUUGAAUAGAUGUGGAAAGAGUUGCAGGCUCCGAUGGACGAACUACUUGAGACCGGAUAUUAAGAGAGGAAAGUUCUCUCAAGAAGAAGAGCAAACCAUCCUCAAUCUUCAUGCCAUUCUUGGCAACAAGUGGUCAGCCAUAGCGACUCAUCUUCCGGGAAGAACAGACAACGAGAUAAAGAACUUCUGGAACACACAUCUGAAGAAGAAGCUGAUCCAGAUGGGCUUUGACCCGAUGACCCAUCAGCCAAGAACCGACAUCUUCUCCAGCCUCAUAGCUCUAGCCAAGCUGAUCGAGAAUCCAGCCGGCUGCUGGGAGCUGGAGCAAGCCGUACGGCUCCAAACCGAAGCCGCACAUAUGGCCCGGCUCCAAAAUCUCAUCCUCCAAAACCUCAUCCAACCCCAAAGUCAAAUGCCCAUUUUGACCCCAAACAACUUCCAAAAUAUCAACAGCAACAAUAGUAAUAACUCCACGGCGCAAGACUACGCGCCGAUUCAGGAAACGGUGGAACCGGCGUUCGCCGGAGAUUUAUUCCCGGCAUUCUUGCAUCUGCCGGAUUUAGUGAAUGUUCCGAUUAAUAGCGGAGUUAGUGAGCAGAGUAUUGGGGGUUGCGAUUUUGGUGGGGGGCCGUGGAUGGGGGGAAAUGUGUCUCAAUCGCCGCCGUCUUCGGCGGCGCCGGCGCCGGAGAUCUCGGUCGGGGAAACGGCGGUGGAGGGUGGUGUGGGUUCCCAGAUGUGGUCCGACUUGCUGGAUGAUCCUAUUUUUCACGAGAUUGGGCUUUAA